AAGGCGCCCUUUAAAGCUAUCCUUUCUGUCAUUUUUGCUUUUUUUAAGAAUGGUGUCGUUUUUGAAGAGAGAAAUAUAGAAUAGUGAGUAUAAUAGAAGGAGAUAAAAAUAGCUAGAGAUAUAUAGAGGGCGAGAGGGAUGGAGGGAGAGAGGUAGAGAGGCAGAGAGAGAGAGAGUUGGAGACAGAGAGAAAGAGAGAGGAACAGAGUGAGCAAUCAUUCAUGGCCAUAUAGGAGUUUGAGGCCUUGGAUUGGUUUGUCUGACUUUGUUUCAUCUUCAGGGUGCUGUUGGAUUUGCUGGGGGGUGCGGAUUGAGAUGGAUUUUUCUGAGUCUACAAAAGUUGUGUACAACAGGAUUCAGAAAAUAGAGCCUGAAAAUGUGUCAAAGAUUAUUGGGUAUCUUCUUUUACAAGACCAUGGUGAACGUGAAAUGAUCCGGUUGGCCUUCAGCCCUGAUAAUUUGAUCUACUCUUUGAUCAACAAAGCCAAAACCGAGCUUGGCUUAUCAAAACUGGUGGUUUCUACUUCUCCCAAUCCCAUCUCCAUCUCCAUCUCGCCCUCUCAUGUGAACCAAGCACCGGUUUCAGACCUGUCUUUACCUUUCAAAACUUACUCGGCAUCUCUGUCACGCCCAGCAACCUACUGGGAUCCCCAAGUGGUCGCUGAUCAGCAACCAGUGGAUUUAUUCUCGGAUUCAGUUGCUGAAGAUUAUCGCCUUCAAAAGCAAAUGCAGUUCUUGAACAUGGAAGAUCAGACAGAGUCUGCUCGUUCGGUUGGUUCGGAUUUUUCAAGCAACUAUUAUUACCCGGAACCUGCAUUGGGUGUGAGAACCAGUCGAAGGUCUCCGAGCUUGCCUGAAUUUCCUGUUAAAGUAUGCCAUUACUUCAACAAGGGGUUUUGUAAACAUGGAAACAACUGUCGCUACUUCCAUGGCAAUCCCAUGCCAGAAAGCUUUUCUCAGAUUUUCAGUCCAAGCUCUAAUAAUGAGCUCCCUAAUGAUGAUCAUAUGUUCUCUCCUGGCUCUCUCGAAAAGCUUGAAACGGAGUUGACAGAGCUUCUUAAAUCGAGAAGAGGCGUGCCAGUUUCAAUUGCGUCACUGCCAAUGAUGUAUUAUGAGAAGUAUGGGAGGAUCCUUCAGGCUGAAGGGUAUCUUACAGAGAGCCAAAGGCACGGUAAGGCUGGGUAUAGUCUGACAAAGCUUCUUGCUCGAUUGAAGAACAGCAUUCGUCUCAUUGACAGGCCUCAUGGGCAGCACUCGGUAAUAUUGGCGGAAGAUGUUCCAAAAUACUUGGAGUACACUGGUGAGAGAAGUGAUCCUGGUGGAAUUGUUGCUGGUUCUCGACAGAUUUAUCUUACCUUCCCAGCUGAGAGCACUUUCACAGAGCAAGAUGUUUCUAACUACUUCAACAAAUUUGGGCCUGUUCAAGAUGUUAGGAUUCCUUGCCAACAGAAGAGGAUGUUUGGUUUUGUCACUUUUGUUUAUGCGGAGACUGUCAAGCAAAUUUUAGCCAAGGGGAAUCCUCAUUUUGUAUGUGGGGCUCGUGUUCUGGUGAAACCUUACAGAGAAAAGUCAAGGCUUGUUGACAGGAAGCACACAGAUAAAAUGCAGCAUCCUUUGUAUUACAGUCCACAUUUCAUAGAUGGAGAUUCUGAGCUUAACUCAAUUGCACGAGUUUGUGAUAACUCAAGACUUCUAAGGAAGCAGCUCAUGGAGGAACAUGAGAAAGCACAUAAAUUUGAGAGAAGGCAUUUCUCAGAGUUGCAACUAACCCCUAAACACUUUUCCCACCGCCCUUUUUUUGGCUACUCAAUGAAUGAGUUGAAGCUCUCAGAAGAACAAGCAGAGUUCCCAUCUGCCGAACGUUUUAAUUAUUUGCUGGAUGUUUUGAACAAUGGCUCCACCAGUGAGGACAAAGUCAGGCACAAAAACACCAACUACAAUGACCAGGAUAGCAUUCAAGGACUAAACCUUCCAGAGAGCCCUUUUGCAUCUGCUAUAGGGAGUGGCAUUUCAACAGUUAUAUAGAGAUUGUGACACAGAAAUUAUAGAAGUAGAGGAAUGAAAUCUAAGACUAAUUCAAGGGUUCGAUACAACAGGACUUACUUUUUCUUCCUUUUUGGGUUUCUCCUCAACAUGGUGGGUCUUUAAGCUCCAUAAGGGCAUACCAAUCGAAGGUGAGAGAAACUCUAGAAGUUCUUCUCCAUGUUACUUUUGGUGGAGAUUGCAAAGAAGAAUGAUACAGAAAAGCAAAUAUGUAACAGGUCUCAAAACUUUCUUUUCUUUUUUUCCCUUUAAAAAAAAAAAAAAAAAAAUGUAAUCACGAAGGCAUGGAAGAGAGCUUAUGGGCCUUCAGAAGAGAAUGUAAUAUAGUCUGCUUUAGCUGAAGAUGAAAGGAAUUAGAAAAAAGGAAAAAGGAAAAAAAAAAUGCAGGGUUCAGAGAAAGAAGAAAA